AUGAAGCGUAGCAAAGGCAGCGCUCCUCACAGCUCCCUGUUCGAUCCCAUACCAGCAGGUGUCCAUCGUCACAUCUCCUACCAUUUGCAGGCCAAACUGCUCGACGGGUUCAGGUCCGUCAGCAGUACACUGGAAAAGUUCAAGGAGGCAACGUACGGAGACGUCACCAUCCUUCUUGCAGAACCUUCUUCCUCAGAUACGCCGCUCGACAGGCAUAUUCGGGAUCUGCUCGGUCUGCCACUGCUCAAUCUCCAGUACGAAUCCGAAGACAAUGCAGCCAUUGACUCGUUUCUGUACCCAUGGCCUCGGUUAUCUGAAAUCGAUUUCUACAUCUUCCAUACCGAGAACGGCAUUGUAGAAGAAACGGACACCGGGGCCAUCACAGAAGGCCCUUUCCCCAGAUACGUCAAAGUCAUUCUCAAGGUCUGGAAGUCGAGCUGCGAACUCGACUCUUUCAGAACAGCAAAGAUCGACCAGGGACUCAGAACCAUGCUCGGCAAGAUUAUCAGCCCACACGGACUCACAUACAAGCCUGACGGCCUGUACCUACGAAUCCAGGAUGUCGAUUUAACGGACAAGCGACUUUCGUGCGUCAAGAUUGCCACCAACAAAGCAGACAUUGCCCAGUACCUCGGUCUGAAGAAGAGACGUAUCGAGACAUUCCGGACGUGGGAAGACCUGAUGGACUACGCGAUGACAUGUCGGUUUCACAACCCAGCAGCUUUCAGAGUGGAAGUGAAUGACCGGCUCAGCGGAUCGAACAACGGUGAGAACGAGAGCCCAGAUCCCCACAGCCUCAACAUGAUCAAAUAUUUCAUCAAGAUCUAUCUACCUGCUAAUGCUGGCGUUGUUGGUGGCGAAGACGCAUGCCUGAGCCGUAAGCAGGUCCGCUGCGACGUGAAGGAUUAUUUUGGCCCAGACUUCGCCCAGAGAUUCGAGCGAUCGAAGACCAAGGCUGUGUUCACGGUUGAUUGGGCCAGGUUGUUCAGCAAGACCCGCAAUGAGUUGCCCACGUACGUCAAAGGCGCUGAUCUGACAUAUGCGACCAAAGGCCUGAAGAGAGUUGUUGGGCUCUACGAAUCGAAAUACAAGGAUGCCAUGCUCGAUGCUCCAGAGAUCAGGGGAUGGGCGGACAUGAGAGAAGCCUUUGAGCAGCGCAGAUAUCGAGCCUUUCGCGACGAAACAAAGAAACACUGGAUCUAUGUCGGCGCGUAUCAGAAGUGGCUCGACGCCAAACGGAGUGCCCAGCACUACAAGGCUUACAAGAUGAGACAAGAAGCGCAAUUGCAAGAGCGAGGAAAGGCUCACGCAAAGAGUGGCUGA